GACACAGACACAGACACAGACACAGACACAAAAGCAGUGCGAAAGUCUGCAGUUUUUGUACUCACCUUUGCAAGUUUGCACUUGCAUCGAUCCUUGCGGACUGCCAUGUUCUCAUUUUGCAGGCGAGUGUGGUAUGCACACCGCCGCCACCGCCGCCACCGCCGCCACCGCCGCCGCAAUCGCCGUGGAGACGAAGAACUGCAGCCCAUUGAGCACCACGACUACGACUUUGAAAACAGCGGCGCCCUGCAAGCCUGGCGCCGCAUGUCAACGACCAGAAACAUCUUCAUGCUGGAUCAAGGGCAGUGCUCCAUCUGCCUCAUGACGUACUUCAUCGGCGAUACAGUCCGGGUGUUGUCCUGCGAGCACGUCUUCCACGCACAUUGCGUGGAGCUCUGGCUAAACACGGACCUUCCGCGGAGCAGAUGCCCUCUGUGCAAGAGGGAGCACAGCUGGGCAAUGCUCGCACAGCAACUCGAGGAGCGCAAUAGCGCGGACAACGGCGACAGCGGUGGAAGCGGCAACAGGAUGAGCCGUGAUGGCGCCGACCAGCCCUCAGGCAGCAGCCGCAGCGAUGCAGCAGGCGAGGUCCUAGAGGUCGAGGAACAGGUGGAAGGAACAGAGCCCGUGCGGGCCAGUUCCGGCGACGAGGAAGAGCACCACCAACCCGCACCGGGCUCAGACGCCCUGCCGCAAGAACGGCGUCAUGACCAAGAUGGUGGCGAGGAACUGGACGACAACAGCGGUGCCGAACAGGCUGCAACCCCGCAAUUCCGCCACAACGCACAUGCUGCUGUCCUCUGACAUCCACGGCGCACCUCACCAACCUGUCGCCGCAUCACCAUCCCCUCCCCCCCACACACAUCCAUGGAG